AUGGCCUCCACAGCGGAAAUCCCCAGUGAUCUGUUUGCCUCAUUCUCAAAAUUAUCCCCAGCCAUAUAUCUGCGAGACGGACUAACUUCAACACCAUCAUCACUCGAAUCACCGCCUCCAACAAUAUGCCUCUUGUUCUGGAUGGAUGCUGUGCCCCGCCAUGCUGCAAAAUUUGUUCAAGAAUAUAUCAAAAUCCUUCCUAAUGCCCGCAUUAUCUGCAUGACAACCACGUCCACCGAUUUUCUUUUCAAGUCCUCGAACGAAUCGCGACGCAUGCGCGUGAACCCCCUCAUCAGUGCACUGCGUACCUCUAAUAAUGGGCCUCUGCACUUCCACAUCUUCUCUAAUGGUGGAAUAGUCACUUUACACCAUAUAGCUGCUGAAUAUCGCGAAGUCACCGGGGAGCCUCUGCCAAUCAAAUCUAUGCUUCUUGACAGUGCACCUGGGCGAAGUACCUUUGCUCGUGGGGCCAAAGCAUUCUCAUAUGCGUUGCCAAAUCUUUUUCUUGCACGCAUAUUGGGGAUGUGUCUUAUUUGGGUUGCCCUGGUAACUUUCUGGGCCGCAUAUAAGAUUAAGAGAGUGUUUCCUCCAAUAGAGGCUGCAAGGGACUUGAUAAAUAAUCCAAAGUUUAUCAGUAUCAGGGCGGCAAGAUGUUAUGUCUAUUCGAAGGUUGAUGAGCUCAUUUACUGGAAGGAUGUAGAGGAGCAUGCGGCUGAGGCAACGGGGAAGGGAUGGCGUGUUUCAACUGAAAUUUUCGAUGCUCCUCACGUAGGGAACAUGCGAGCAGAUCCCGAACGAUAUUGGAAACUGGCAAUGGGUCUUAUCUUGCAAAAUAGUAUAGACAGUGAGUAA